AUUAUGGUGUGCUGCGGCGUGACUGGCGGAAAAGGAUUACUGUUGUCGGGUUGUGAGUUAUCGAGGGCCAGCUUGGAACAGCCUCAGGAUGAGUGAAGGAGCUGAAAAGAUGGACGAGGACCGCGUGUAUGGCGGCUGCGAGGGGCCAGACGCCAUCUACGUCAAGCUGCGCUCCUCCGAUAACCACGAGUUCAUCGUGAAGCGCGAACAUGCGCUCACCUCAGGAACCAUCCGCAACAUGCUCAGCGGACCCGGCCAGUUCAAAGAGAACGAGACGAACGAAGUCACCUUCAAGGAGAUCCCUUCGCAUGUUCUGCAAAUGGUCUGCAUGUACUUUACGUACAAGGUCCGCUACACGAAUAGCUCCACCGAGAUCCCGGACUUUCAAAUUGACCCCAAGGUGGCUCUGGAGCUCCUGAUGGCGGCCAACUUUCUCUACUGCUGAGUGCCAGUGCUUCGCGUAGCUGGACGUUUGCAUUAACAGCGGAAGAACAAGCGGAAGCCGCUGCGGCCGGUUGAUGUGUGGAUACAGCUAGUGACAUCUAUCGGCUGGUGUGGCAGGCCGACCGCUGCGCUGGUUACCACCAUUAUGACUCCGGACUUGCGACACAUGAGUGCCUCGUGACAAACGUAGGGCCUCUGAUGGCGGCUUGAACCCAUGCCGCGGUGUUCUCAUGUCGUCACGUUGGCAGUGGGUGCGAAAGUCGUGCGCCAGAUCGUUCGCGAUAGGCACACUGCAUGUAUGUUGCGCAUAAGCUUUGUACAUGGUGCGUUAGGACAUGGCGCUAACUGACUGAGUGGCCCCUAUCGAACCUUGGCUUUAGCUUGUUAGGUAUUUGCCGAAAAUGUAACGUCAAUGUUCUACGGCUGUCCUAUAUGGGUCUUUUGUCCCGUCGAAGUGGGCACCGGUUGGUAUCCGAGGCAAACAUUGUUUUACGCUAGGCCAGAUCCAGACGUGUGGCCUGCGAAAACAUUCAGUGUGGCGGACAUUGAAAUGGUAACUUAACACAUCAUCAUGGAGCGGGAAUGACUUCGAUUAUGUUUGUAGUUCAGAAACUGCUACUGGUCUCGAAUAAAUUGUGGUCACGGGAGACUUCUGAAUCUCG